UUGCCUUUCCCCUUACCUCGUCCUGAUACUCUACUCACCGCUGGAGAAGCCCAGAACUCUACAGAGACACCAUGAGGAGCACACUGCUGAAGAUGCUGGCCGCACUGAUGUGCACGCUGGCUUCCUGCACUGAUGUCAUGCCUGUAAAAGACUUCGACCUACAGAGGAUGGCAGGCAAGUGGUACCUUGUUGGCUUUGCCACUAACGCUCAGUGGUUCGUGAACCACAAGGCAGGGAUGAAGAUGGGCACUGCCAUGUUAGCACCAACUGCUGGAGAGGACCUGGACAUCUCCUAUGCCAACCUGAAUGCUGACGGUACCUGCUGGAGAAUGACUCACCUCGCAAGGAAAACUGACACCCCUGGACGCUUCACCUUCCACAGCCAGGUUUGGAACAAUGACAACGACAUGCGCAUUGUUGAUGUUGUGUAUGAUGACUACGCCGUGGUCCACACUAUCAAGACAAAGGAGGGUGUGUCUGAGGUCCUCAACAAGCUUUACAGUCGCACUCCACAGGCAAGUGCCACCCUGCAGGAGAAGUUCACCCAGUUCUCCAUUCAGACUGGCAUAGAUGCUGAGAACGCUGUCAUCUUGCCCAAGAAUGCUGAGUGUCCCGAAAACUGAAGAGUCCCCCGCCACCCUUCAUCCCUCGCUCCCUGAAGUCCCAGGCUUUCAUCUCAGUAGAGUCUUGUUUUCUCGCAUUCACUGAGACGUUUACAGCAUCACAACGUUGCACCUGAGACAACGACACCCAAGCAUUUUACUCCAACCCCUGCUGUGCACCAAAAACCAACCCUGAUCCUAAUUCAGACCUCAUUCUCUCCAACCUGCGCAUUAACUGUGGCAUCAGACCGGAACGACGAAGGGCUGACAGUGAGACAAACGGGAAGAAUUCAUGAGACUGUGAAAGCUGCCGGUUUACUUUUUGUAUAAGCGCGUCUUUGUUUGGUAACUGUUGAUUUUCUUUUGUAGUGUUUUAUCUUUUGUUGAAAUAAACCAAUAAACAGAAAAAAUACGUG